AUUUGAGGUUAGGUUCUUGCUCCGAGUGCCAAAUUGUAACAAUUUCAGAGUUGUUGAAUUUCCGUUUUUUGUGAUUCUAGGAUAGGAAUUGAAUUGGAGCACGAGACUGGGCGUGAAAGGCCUUCAUUUAGGUAUAUUACAGUCAUUUGCGAUGAUCUAAAACAUGGAAGAAAUCGAUACAUCUUUGUGUGGAAAGUGUUACAUUAAAGAAAGAAGAAGCUGAAGUGCAAUAGGUCAUCGACUUGAAGGAAACCACUUAACGAGUGAAGGCACGUUGGAAAGUUUCCAGUGUAAGCAAUGCACGUAGCCCACAAAUUUCAGGAGCAGCUUAGUAUCUCACGCAACAUGGAGCGUUCAGCAAAACUUUAAAUGUGACAAGUGUAAUUACGGUCGUAACAUCAAGGUGAACCGCAAGAAAUAUCAGAUCAAACGCAGCACCUCUCACAAUUUUAAGUAUCCUCACUGUGAUCAUGUGACAAAUUUCAGGCAACACGUUGCUUUACCAAAGCCUUAAAAUGUGACCGGUGUAAUUAUGGAACACUGACCCUAAAUUGACCAACUGCGAUUACUAGACGAACUAAGGGAUCAGCACAAAUAAGCCACGAACAUGAAAUCGUGAAACCCCAGGUAUUUGUGAACAGUGCAGUUUUGGUAGGUACAUAUUUUUGGAAAGCCCUUGUGCAGUGCGCCUUUAGUACCUUUAGCUGUAACACAGCCACAUCGACUUAAGUGAGGUUAAGUUUGUAUUUGGCGGCGAUUUUUUUAAUAACAAAAAUGCCUCCGGCGGUAAAAAAGCAAGUGUCCGUAAUAAUCUUCGAUGUUAAUUGCGAGAAGGAGUUUCAAGAGGAGGCGAAUAAGUGCUUGAUGAAUAUCUGUUCGACCAAGUGGUUUUCGGGGAGCAAAGACUGGACGAAGCUGAUUCUGCUGAAUACUGCGGAGACGAACGUCGAAAAUCCCAAAUUUCAGAAGGCUACUCAUCUGUUGGAGGCGACCGCGCUAGUCGAGUACGACCCGAAGCUCAUACUGCAGUAUAUCGAAGAUGUUAAAGUGGGCGAGGGUGACUGGAUCGUUGCCUUGGCGCUCGCCAUCGAAUCGCUAAAAACGAUCGACCCCAAGGGAGUGUUGGCCAUACAGCUGUUGCUCAUCUCCGAUUUUUCUCACGCGCCCACCGAUUUUAAACGCAAUCAAAUCACUUUUGUACUGAACAGUUUGGCGAACUGUUUCCUGUACGUUCUCGGGCCGAAAGUGAAGGUUCCCACGCACCUCUCGUCGUUCGACGACGUACAGCAAUGGUCGAAAAAGGUGGAGUUCGUCGACGAAGAGACUCCAAGCUUGGCUAUCGUUAAAGAAAUAGUCGAGGGUACCCCGUAUUCCGUCGUCUGCGACUUGGAUUUGGGCGAGCAGUUGUUUUACAAUUACCGAAAUCCGGUUCCGUUGCAAAACUGGCUGGUUCCUCUAACCGUGGGCACCGAGCUCGCGAUACCGACGAAGACUAAACGAUUCCUACGGGCCACUUAUCCUCCGAGAAUUAAAGAGGAAGGCGGGGAGAGGGGGGAGUGGUCUUGGCACCUCAGUAAUGACGUCAACGCCGAGGUCGCCUAUGACAACGUUGUCGGCGGCGUUUUCCGCCACGGAAAGUUCGUUCCCCUCACUAGAGACGUGGAGGACAAUUUCAAGUCGCGAGAGGCACGCUGUUUUAAGAUCGUUGCCUUUACGGAGCAGCGCAAUGUAUCAGAGGCGAUUUUGUGUGGAAACGGCUCCUUGUACGUCGAAGGCGACAACUCCAAAAAUUUCGAACUCCUACUUCGCCUACUCGCCGAAAGGAAGAUGUGCGCCAUCGCGAAACGCAUCUAUCUCGCGAACUGCCGUCCGACGCUGUUCGCCCUGUUUCCCAACGUGCGUGACGGCGUUUUCGUCGCGACCAGUCUACCUUAUCGCGAUAGCGUCGCGGGUGCGAUCGUCGAACAGGACCUGCGAGAGGCGCCCGCCGUCGACGGUCCGGCGGUGAGCGACGUGUACGAUUUUCUUGGCAAGCUCGACGUCACCAAGCUCGAAAACGUCGACGAGAGCGGUUCGGUUAGGGUGCCUCUGAAUGGAAUGCUUUCAGAUCCGAUACGUUUGGGAGUCGUUUACCGGCAGCUGCAGAGGAAGUACUUCGGUGAUGACAUCGUUAGCGAGGAUUUUAAGUCCCCCCGCAUGUUGGACGAUUAUGAGCCAUAUUUGCAUCUUUUUCCAGCUAGAGCAACGGAUGCAGACGGUAAAAAAAGUUGAUUGUCUCUAUAUUUCUAUUGUAUUUUUAUAAUAAACGAGUAUUUCAUUUUGUAAGGCAAUAGGU